AUGAACGUGGAUCUCGAGUCAUUAGCAGAGGCCACUUCUGGGGCCAUAGGAUCACUCGUCAGCACCACUUUUCUCUACCCACUUGACACCUGCAAGACCAAGUACCAAGCCGACGCUCGUUCCCACGGUCGCACAAGAUACAGGAAUCUCACCGAUGUAUUAUUGGAGGCAAUAUCUAACGGUCAAGUGCUUUCACUUUACCAGGGCCUUGGAACAAAGAAUCUUCAAUCCUUCAUUUCACAGUUUGUCUACUUUUAUGGAUACAGUUAUUUUAAAAGACUGUAUGUAGAAAAAAGUGGUUAUAAAUCCAUUGGUACAAAAGCAAACUUGGUUAUUGCUGCUGCUGCUGGGGCUUGCACUGCCAUUGUAACUCAGCCCCUGGAUACAGCCUCUUCAAGGAUGCAGACAAGUGCAUUUGGAAAGUCCAAAGGGCUACUUAAAACCCUUACCGAAGGAACCUGGAGUGAUGCAUUUGAUGGCCUCAGUAUUUCCUUGCUGCUGACAUCAAACCCCGCAAUUCAGUACACGGUGUUUGAUCAGCUGAAACAGCGAGCACUAAAGAAUAAACAAAACAAAGCUGAUAAAGGAACAUCCCCUGCAUCUCUUUCUGCAUUCAUGGCCUUUCUUUUAGGUGCACUUUCAAAAAGCAUUGCUACAUGUCUAACAUAUCCAGCUAUCAGGUGCAAAGUUAUUAUUCAAGCUGCAGACUCAGAUGAAUCAAACUCCAAAACAAAGAUAAAAUCACAGAAAACAGUCUAUAAUGUUCUUUAUGGAAUAUGGAAAAGGGAGGGUAUACUAGGAUAUUAUAAAGGAUUGCAUGCUCAGAUCUUAAAAACUGUUUUGAGCUCAGCACUGCUCUUAAUGAUCAAGGAAAAGAUCUCUGCUACUACUUGGGUGCUUAUUCUUGCGCUUAAAAGGUAUCUAUUACUUCCAGCGAGAAAGGCCCAACCAGCCCACCCACCCCUCGCUCUCACUCUCGUUGGUCUCACUCUCACUGGCGAAGUUUCACUGCGACAUACUGGUCUCACUCUCACACACCAACCAACGACGCAGCACACCGCCGAACGUCCUCCUCCCAUCCCACGCAAGUCUGCUAGUCUGACAAGGAUGGGAUGCGCAACGACGAGCUUGGGCCUCCACUACGACCACCGAGACUGUCCGUUCAACCCAUCUACCCGUGGUGGGCCGGGCCAGGCUAUUUCUUUGUUGUCGAUGGACCGGGUCGGAUCAACCCAUUUUAAACACGAGUCGGGUCAAACCGGCGGGUUGCUUAUACCUACACUAGGUGGCCGUGGCAGCAGAACAAACUAG